AAUAUGAACUUCGCGGUAGUGGGCAAAUAAUCUAAAAAAUAACAAACAUGUUUAGUCGAUUCGAUGGACUAACAUUGAAUUAGUUUCUGAUAUAAAUGGAAGCAUAGGCUAAGGUUUUCUUAGCUAGUUGGAUUGUUAGCGUCUUUUGUUAGCCAGGCACGCACAGAACUACUAGUAUAUAUGCCAUUGAUUAUAGCUAGCUAACGUUUGGAGAAAAAGGCCGGUUGACCAGCUAACUACGAUGUUGCCAUCAACGUCAUGUACUACUGUACUACCAAAGAACAUAUGAUUUCUUACUGGAUGAGAACAAUCAGCUGAUUCAAUGUAUAAUGGAUUUCCAGAGCAAAGGAAAGACCGCAGAAUGUUCACAGUACCAACAAAUGCUCCACAGAAAUUUGGUUUACCUGGCCACGAUAGCAGACUCCAAUCAGAACAUGCAGUCUCUGCUCCCUGCUAAGUGUGACUCCCCUACUCCUCCAGAGGUAAAGCUUGAACCACCCACUCAGAACAUGCCCAUGGGCCCUGGUGGGAUGAACCCGAGUGGAGCGCCUGGCCCCCAGCCCCCCCACGGACACAACAUGCCCCCGGAGGGCAUGGUCAGCGGCGGCCCCACUGCCCCACACAUGCAGAACCAGAUGAACGGACAGAUGCCUGGGCCCAAUCACAUGCCCAUGCAGGGCCCCGGGCCUGGCCCCAACCAGCCUCCCAACAUGCCCGGAAGUGGCGCCAUGAACAUGCCCCCCAGCAGCCACGGUUCCAUGGGUGGCUACAACCACGCUGUGCCCUCGUCUCAGGGCAUGCCUGCCCAGGGCCAGAUGAACAUGACCCAGGGACAGGGACCCAUGGGCAACUACGGCCCCCGGCCCAACAUGAACAUGCAGCCUAACCAAGGCCCCAUGAUGCACCAGCAGCCUCCCUCCCAGCAGUACAACAUGCCCCCUGUGGGUGGCGGGCAGCACUACCAGGGCCAGCAGAAUCCCAUGGGCAUGAUGGGUCAGGUCAACCCGGGAAACCAUGUCAUGGGGCAGAGGCCCAUGCCCCCUUACAGACCCCCACAGCAAGGACCCCCUCAGCAGUACCCAGGGCAGGAAGACUACUAUGGGGACCAGUACAGUCACGCAGGACAGGGAGCUUCAGAAGAGCGAGACCCAGCAGCCAACCAACAGUCCCCCUAUGAAAAAGAUCAUGGAAACGCCCAGUAUGGCCAGCAGCAGGAGGCCUACCAGCAAGGUCCUCCUCAACAGCAGGGCUACCCCCCACAGCAGCAGUACCCCGGACAGCAGGGCUAUCCUGGACAGCAACAGGGUUAUGGUCCAUCCCAGGGAGCUCCAGGCCAGUACCCUCAGGGUUACCCCCAGGGCCAGGGGCAGCAGUACGGGGCCUACCGGGGCCCCCAGCCCGGCCCCCCUCAGGCCCAGCAACAACGCCCAUACCCAGGCUACGACCAGGGUCAAUAUGGAAAUUACCAGCAAUGAGAGAUGGUCAUGGCAGUCAACAAGAGCCCUGCUCUGACCUCUAACCUCUAAACUCGGCUGCAGCUCACUGAGACACCCUCUCUCUCACACACGCACACACACGCACACACUUUGUGGUCCUUAUGUGAAAUGUGUAAUUUUUGUUAAUGUCGAUAAUGAGAUGAUUUUGUCCACUUCCAUCACUUUGCUUCUGGUCUGUGUUAGUCUCAAAGCAGCGAUGCCUUAAAAGGAAACAGAGCUGCCUUAUACAGAGCCCCGUAGAUGGUGAAAUGGGCAAAAAUAACAAGUUACAUUCAUUUUUUGGAUAUAAAAGGACAGAAUUGUACAGAACUGAACUUCACACUCAUGUAGUGCAAUGUUUCUCCAUCCAAUAGCCCCCCGUUCAUAAGAAGCAAUAAUGCCAAUGGGAGGGGGUGGGACAGAGGCGGCGUGAGGAGAUCUUGCAUCAGAAAACAAAAUUCUGUUAGGCCAUGGUACAUGUCAAGGUCAACAUAUGUGAUGUAAAAAUCUAUUUUAUGCUUUUUAGAUUAAGCUAACUUUGUAUAAGAAUUGAGACUAUCGUUGAAUAUUGUUUUUGGUUUUUUUCUCGAACUAUGUCUAUUGAUGUCAUUUUUUUGUUGUUGUGAUGACAUUGUAUUCAUCCCCCAUUUUGUUUGUUCUUUUAUUUGUUCCCCCUGAAUUCUCUUUGCUUCUUCAGUGACUUGUACAAAGAAUAUGUUCUUUGGGUGAACAAAUCGGAUGCCUUGGUUUUAUGAAUGGAUUGUACAUAGAAAGCCCUCAAAAACAAACAGAGAACACCCAUCUGCAUUGAAGCAUCAGUGCUGAAACAUGUCUUUGGGAAGCAGAACAUGACCUGUGAGUGGGGCUGAAUUCUGACUUGAGAAAUACAGUGCAUUCAGGGAAGUUCAGA